AUGGACCCUCUGUGUGGCGGCUGCGUGUCCUCUGGCUCCGUCCCUCAGCCCAGCAUGAUGUGGCCGGUGCAGGCGUCAGGUUCCUCUUUCCCCGCCUGGCCUGGGACCGCCACGCAGUUCACCCAGGCAGCUCCGCCACAGCCCCAGAACCCCUGCUGGAACGGACAGCCAGGUACGACUCCAUGCUGGAGCGUCCCCUCACAGCAGAUGCCCUCCCCUGUCCUGGCCCCUGCCCCUGUGCCGAUGUCUGUGCCCGCCCCUGCCCCUCCUCCUGCCCCCAUGAUGGUACAAGCUCCACAGAUGGUGCCCGCCCAGGUCCAAACCCCCAUGGUUUCAGUCCCUGCAGUGGCCCCUCCUCCAGCCAUGGUCCAGACCCCAGCCCCGGUCCAGCCCUGCCCCACUCAGACCUGCUGGACCCCCGCCGCUCCGGCCGUGCCCACCCAAGUGUCCACCCCCAUGUCCACCCCGGUGCCCUCUACCAUCCCCGCCCCUGUCCUCACCCCUGCCCCCAUCACCGCCCCUGCCGCAGCGCCCUCUUCUGGCCAGCGCCCGUACAUCUGGCCCCCCCGCCCCAGCUGGUACCACCCGGGGCAGUCUGGGUGGCCCGGGCAGCACCCAAACUUCCUGCCCCCGAACUGGCUCCCACCCACAUCAGGACCACUGAGCGUGCCGUACAACCUGAACCUGUCCAGAGGAGUCUACGACAAAAUGAUGAUGACCAUCGUGGGACAGGUCAAACCAGACGCUAAAAUGUUCACUGUGAACUUCCUGAAGGGGAAUGACAUCGCGUUCCACGUGAACCCGCGCUUCAGUGAGGGCGGCAAACAGGUGCUCGUCCGGAACCAUAAAGUGGGCGACCGCUGGGGCCCCGAGGAGAGGGACCUGAAGGGGGCGUUUCCAUUCGCCAAGGGGAGUCCGUUUGAGAUGAAGAUCCUGUGCACCCAUGAGUCAUUCAGGGUGGCAGUGAACAACCUCCCACUGUUUGAGUUUAAGCACCGCGUCACCGAGCUGAACCAGGUCAACCGCAUCAACAUCCUGCACGACGUCAUCCUCAACUUCGUGCACGUGGAGACGCUGCCAUAG